GUAUUCUACGUUAACUGCUUCCAGACAGUAUCCGGUCUAAUUCAAACUCGUGGUUGUUUUUUAUUGGAUAGUGUUCAAGCGAAAUUAUUGGACGAUAUGGUAUCGAUAGACAUCGAUGACGUGAAAACGAAGCGGUUGGUAGCGAUUUUCGUCCAAAGCACACCGAAUAAGCUGUGGAUAGAGGAAAGCAAAGAUCUUUUGGCGGGAGUUGUGCAACGGGUCAACAUUACUGUUGAAGCUGGCUCGAUGUUAGACGCGUCGCAAAGGUUGAAAGGCGUUUCCGAUCCGCAGAUGGAUGAAAGUUUCUGCUUGGACCUGGAAGGAAAGUUCACAUUCGAGCUGGCGCUUUGCCUGUUGAUGGACUCUGGUCUUACAGCAUCACCAGCUGUGCGCAAGGCUAAGAUCAGCUGCGAAUGGUUUGGCAGAGUGUGGCCGCUCGAGUUAUCGUUUGUCGCGCUCUUGAUUAUGACAUCGACAACGUCAAUGCUGGAAAACAAAACACUGUUUGAGCUGGAAAUAGCACGAGCUGCCGGUCAUGCUGAUCAGUGGACCGUUGUGCUGGAGAAUGCCAUGAUUGAAGCGGUCGAUCCGACUGUGACGAAAGAAACACCAAAUCAGCUCGGCAAGCUGCUGAACAGGGACCUUGGUGAAUUAAUACCGAAUGUCGUCUCAAGUCUUGUCUGGGUGCUGCCCAUAACUGGUGAAUUGCCAAUUUCACAUCGGCUGUCAAUAGACUAUCGAGAGUCUGAGUCGGAAUCUGGUGAUAAAAAAUUCCUCGAUAGGCUAUAUUCAUAUCGUGACACUUUUGAUCUCCAUGUAGGCUAUGAACUUUGUGCGCAGAUGUUGUCACAGCAGCCGGGUGCGCAACUUUGUCGUGCUGGUACAGCUUGCGAUCUCGUGAUUUCCUUAAGAUCUAUGGUGCCAUGCGUAGAAAUUCUCUAUAUUGUUCUUGAUGCAGACGAGAAGUUGUGGAAAGUGACGGAGAGAGCAAAAGUGAUUCAUGUGAAAGAAUCUGGUCUUGGUCAGAUCGCCUUCAGUGUUGUACCAUGUGCAGCCGGUUUCCUGCCGUAUCCAUCAAUAUCGGUAUACAGUUGUAAUACCAUCGGG